AGUGGUUGAGUGUUGACUCUUGUUGUUCGGUUUGAAGUCUUGGGUAUAGCUGAUGAUUUGGGUCCGAAGUUGGUCACUUUUGGUUUGGUUGUCAAAUCGGACGUCAUCCCCUUCUGUGGUGGUCAUGAGGUUCUCGAAGAUCCCGUCUGCCCGUCGAGCGCCAUCCGGUUCUUCUUUUUCGUUGAUUGUCGUCCCGCUGUUACACAGCAUUUUUCGUCUUUGCUCACCCACUUCGGCAUACGUAGCCACACAUUUCUUGCACACCUCCUACGUAGCCACACAUCAUGAUAUGACGACGAAAGGCAGUUCAACCAACGGAUACCACUGCACGAAGUGAUAUCCAAUACCCAAUACCCAACGAGCCAACGUCACCAGCCACACCUGACAUUCCUUGGCCACACUUGCCUUUCCCUUGGCUUCCCUCUUGGCUUGGCCGACAUGCCGUGAGAAUGACAUCAAAAGCAAUGAAGGAGUUGGUGUGGUCUCCAAUUUAACGGACUUAGAGGAGGCCAUAGCCGACUUGGCUUUUCGUGCCUAGCAUCUCUAGCAUCCUAUCUUGAGCCUAUCAAGCAUGUUUCUUGAAGGCGUGGUCGUGGUGUGGAUGGACCCUUGACGUUCGUCAGGGCCCUUAAACCUGCACCUGCACCUGUACUGAACUGACCUGCGCUUGCACCUGCGCCUGUCCGUUUGACAUGCC